AUUCGGUAUAAAUACCCGACAACAAGCAGCAAUAUCAUCUACUUGUUCCAACUACAAAGAACAUCCAGAACUCUCCAAAGAUGAAGGUCUUUAUCUCUCUCUGUGCCCUCGUGCUUCUCGCACACGCUGCCCAAUCUGCAGACCGUAUUGUGAACGGUCAAGAUGCUACCGAUAUGUCUCUUACCCCAUGGCAAGCAUCCCUCCAGAAGAGUGGCAGCCACUUCUGUGGAGGAUCCGUCAUCAGUUCCACCAAAGUCAUGUGUGCAGCUCACUGCGUCCAAUCUGUUCUGCUUACCGUUCAAGUUGGAGUUGGAAACAUAAAGUAUGCCGAAACCACCAAAUACGGUGUUUCUAGCUGGAUUGCUCACCCACAAUAUAACCUUGCCAGCCAAUACGACCACGAUUACUCCAUCAUUACCGUUUCUUCACCAAUUCAAUUGAUUGCUAAUGAGGUCGAACCAAUUGAACUUGCAACUGUUGAAUACCCAGCAGGUACCGAAGCCUUGAUCUCUGGAUGGGGCAAGACAUCAGGUGGAAUAACGGGACAGAUCCCAAGCACACUUCAGUUUGUCUACACUGAGUUGGUAUCCCAGGCAGACUGCUCUGCUGUUUGGGGAGCAUCCCUUACCAUCACCGACACCAUGCAAUGCGCUGGUUUGGUUGGAAACAGCGCUUGCCAAGGUGACUCUGGCGGCCCACUCGCUGUCAAUGACAACGGUACCUGGAAGUUGGUAGGAAACACCUCAUGGGGACAAUCUCGUUGCUCUGUCAGCUACCCAUCUGCCUGGUCCAAGAACUCAGCUGUCAACAGCUGGAUCGUUUCCAACAUGUAAUUGAAUACAUGUAGUAUGAACCAAAUAAAAGUUGAUAAACAGUAAA